UAAAAAUAGUAAAAACAGUAAGAAUGGCAAGAAUGGUAAGAACAGUAAGAAUGAUAUGAAUAGUAAGAAUAAUAAGAAUGAAGAAAAUUCAGAUGCCUUUUUUAAUCAAUUAAUUGAUACAACAAAAAAA